AUGUCUAUCAGUCCAAUCAGGACCACUUCAUCUACUCGACAAUCUUCCCUUGUACAAUUCCUCAAGCAAACUCCCUCUAAACCAAGCCCAUCAACUCUCAAGCGCGACAUCAACUCUCCCAUGUCCUCCGAUGAACAAUCUAGCCAUUCAAGGACAUUGAAAGAUCUUAAAGAAAAAGAAGAAGAAGAAGAAGAAGCAGAAGAAGCAGAUGAAAGACCACAAAAGAGACCCCGUCUCUCAAGUCCUUAUCCUCCACCCGAUCAUCCGUCUUACCAUCUCCCACCUUCUUCAACAUACAAUCAUCCUUUUCCCAUUUCCCCCGUUCCUCUUUCACUCAAAGAUAGUUUAAAGUUCAAUACUCUCCCGAUAGUGAUCAAUAGCCCACCUCAGUUGGAUUUACUUUACUUUAAGAGAUUCAUCGAUCCAUGUGUCACGAGAGAGUUGACGAGGUAUUUAUUGGAGGAAUUACCAUGGUAUAGGGUCAAAUACACGGUGAGAGGUGUGAAUAUCAAUACACCUAGAUAUACCACGGUGUUUGGGAAAGAUAGUACGGAUAAACCUUGGAAUGGGUACAAGGUAAAACCUAGGGCUAUACCGGAAAUCCUGCUUUUGUUGAUGCGUGAGGUGGAACACGUCACAAACUCGACAUUCAACUUCGCUCUCGUCAAUUACUACUCAUCCGGAACCGAUUCUAUAUCUUAUCAUUCUGAUUCUGAAUCUUUCCUCGGUCCAGAACCUACAAUCGCCAGUCUGUCUUUAGGCGCUCCGAGAGAUUUCCAUCUGCGUCAUGUCAAAUACAAAGAAUUGGGAAUCGGAGUGGAGAAGAUGGUGUUGCAUGAUGGUGAUAUGGUAGUGAUGCGUGGUAAAACUCAAGAGAUGUGGCAACAUGCUAUCCCGAAAAGGGCGAAAGCGGAAGGGAGGAUCAACAUAACGUUUAGGAAAGGUGUGGUACCGUAUGCCACGGUGAAUUAUAAUACGUAUAAUGUGGGAUCUGGUGGGAUAUAUCGAUGGGAUGGGAGGGAGAUGAAGGAGAUGAGAAGUGGAUGA